AUGGCGGGGUCAGGCAAGAAGAGCAAGGGCAAAACUGGGGGCAAGCAAAAGAAUAAGAAGGGAAAGACCCAAGAGACAUCUGAGAACCCAGUCGAGCCUUCUACUCUUGAACAGCAGGAUCAACCACAACAACCAGAACCAGAACCAGAACCAGAGGUCGAAGUCGAAUCUCAACCAACUCAGGCUCCUGAAGCCGAGCCCAAUCCUCCCUUAGAUCCUGUCCCGGAACAAGGACAGGACCCGGAACCAGUCCCAGAGCUGGAGCACCCUCAACCCAUUGCUGAGCAAGCUCCGGCUGCACUUGAGAAUUGGGAUCUUCCUCAAGCAUUGACAAACAUCGAUGAGGAUGGCUCCCUCCAAGUAGCUAGUCCAGAUGCUCCCCCAAGCCAGCCACAGACAUUGAGUGAUGUUCAACAUAUCUUUGAAGCGGCUCACGAGUCAAUCCUAGAGGAAUUAGCGGCACCGGAACCCGUGGCAGAGCCUGCAGAAGCGAACCUUGAGAAGAACGACACACUGGUUGAACAGAGUGACGCUGUGGAGCCUGCAGAGCCUACCCUAGUAACAGCACCCCAAACCCCUUCGUUCUCAACAGCAGGGGAUUUCUUCCCACAGCAGUCCCCUUCUUUGACCGAAACACCGCACGUCGAAACUGCCCCGCGCUCGAAUACCGCCUCUCCAACGCUAGACAUUUCCGCUGAAGCUGAAGCUGAAGCUAGAGCCCAAGCUGAAGCUGAAGCCGAAGCUUUGGUUGAAGCUGCCAAAGCUGAAGCUGCCGAAGCUGAAGCAACCGAAGUCGCCCAAGCCGAAGCCGAUCCAUCGCCACUCCAGGAAGAGCCUAUUGAAUCCGCAGAGCAGACCAACCCACCAGAAGCAGCCCCUGCGUCGCCUGCUCCACAACCUGCUCUGUCUUCACGAGCAGUAUCUCCUGCACCUUUCGCAGCGGAGCCUGCUUCGCCCGUCGUACUGCCGGCCUUGUCUCCACGUGCUGCAUCCCCUGCGCCUGUGACAGCAGACCUUGCCUCGCCCGGUACACAGCCUGACUUUUCUUCGUGGGCUGCAUCAGCAGACUUCUCUGAACAAGACGCAUUUUCCUCUGUUUUGCAGACAGCGGCGCCUGCCUCGAAAUCACCAUCCCCCGCCCCGCAAGCUGCUUCCCCUGUGUAUCAGCCCGCCUCCCCUGCAUUCAACUCAACCUCGCCUGAUUUCAAUCCCUCAUCGCCGGUUUUCCAGGAUAUACCACCUCAACAUCGAGCGGGGUCUCCAUAUUCUGCUUCGCCGGUGCAAAGGAUGGCGUCUCCAAUGGCCAAUCCGGUUUCUCCUCUGCAAAAGUAUGCGUCACCUUCUGCAAAGCCAGCUUCUCCGGCUGUAAAGAAUAGCAGCCCGCUUACUCGGGCUUAUAUGUCUCCGGCAAUGUCGCCAAAUGCUAUGCCACUAGGACCACCACCGCCAGCUCACAGCGUGCCUCCCUCGAUCGCUCCUGGCUAUGCCCCCGCUUAUCACUCACCUGUGUUGAGUUCUGCGGGCUACCUGCCACCAUAUGCUCCUCACUAUCACCAGCCGUCUCCAAAUAUGCUCCCGACUCAUCGAGGCUCGAUCGACCCCCAUUACGCCUCGACCUUCCAAGCACUUCGAGAUAUGGGGCUGCCAAAUGGACAUGGUGUCAACGACAAAGGGACCAUAUCUCCUCCCCAUGAGCAUGACGAGCCUAUUGAACUUCUGCAGAGGAUUCAGGAUGCCAUUCCCGACAUCAACCGCUUGCUCAGUGGCUAUCGCAAUACGAAGACCAAACUCGUCGCUCGCGAGGCAGAGUUCAAGCAGAUGGAGAGUCAGCACGAGCAAGCAUUGAUGCACAAGGACUUUUACAUCGAAGCGCUGCAGAAUCAGAUGAGGAAGGCGGCAAAUGAGAGUGUGGAGGAGACAACGAAACUCAAGAACACGAUCAAUGAACUGCGAAUGGAACUGGGCAACCUUGAGGAGAAACGAAAGGACCUGGAAGAAAACCUCGCCGAAUCCGAGAAGUCCAACCAGGAGCUUUUGGAAGUCAAGUCUGACCUCGAAGGACAAGUCGCCACUCUCAACACGAAUAUGCAAGAGGCACAAGAAGCACACGAGAAAGAAUUGGAACGUCGAGAGGUGGAGAAGACUGAAGCGCUUGCGAAUCAGAAGCAAGAAUUGACUGAACUUUUCGAAGAAAUCAAGGCUGAGGAUGAGAGGGCUGCAGCAGAAGCUCUGGAAGCUCGCGAAAAAGAACUACUUGAUCAGCAAGACGCAAUGAAGACAGAAUAUGAAAACGAAAAACAACAGAUGCAGGAAUCACGCAAUGCACUCCAAUCCGAGUUUGACGCCAAGGUAGUCGAGCUUGAUGCGAAGGUUACGGAGUUGGAGGCAACGCACAAUGAACUGAACUCCACGAAGACUGCCCUCGAGGACAAGCAGAAAGAGCUGGAGGAGACCCUGGAACAGAGUGCUCAGGAGAUCGAACAGCUCAAGAACAGCCAUGAGGAGAAAGUUACUGAGAUGGAGAAUCAAUUCAACCAGAAGGAACAGAUUUGGGGUGAAGAACGCACCGAAUUGGAAACUCGGAUAUCUGAGAAGUGCGCUGAACUGGACGACAGCUUACGUGAGAACAAGAAACUGGAGGAGGAUAACGUGCUCAAGGAACAGCAGCUUCAGCAUGCAGUGGGUGGAAUGCGCACCACCAUUGACAACCUGGGCCAGGACUGUGAUAGACUGAGGAAAACCCUCCACAGCCUGGGAGAAGCAACUGACCUGAAGAGCACGAAAGGAGACACAUUCUUUUUGGACUGUUUCGACCAGCUUUCUCGUCUUAUUGUCUCCUUGUCCAAGGAACACUUUACGUACCUUCCAAUUGAUCCUCCGAAAGACAUCUUGUCUAAGAUUCCCCCGGAGCUGCCAUCGUUCCUUGAUAAUACGCCAGCGUCGCGCGAACUGCGGUCAGCAUAUGUACAACAUGUCGUUUCGAAGACCUUGACCUACCGGAUUUUCCAGCCGUUCCUGUUCACCUUGGGCAGACGAUACGACAAAGCGGAUACCUUCUUCCAGAUGCUCUCUAUGGAUAUCCGGCGUAAAUCCGUGAGGCGCGAAGCUUUCUGGCGACAGCAGACCCUCAAGGCAGCAUACACCACAUCUGACGCCAAGCAGUCAAUCAACGUUGUGGCAGGCGUGAUUGUGGACGAGAUCAUCAAUCAAAUCAAGCAUUUCGCCGACCCUCGCCAUUUGGACUCUCUGCUCGUCAGCGUGCGCAAGAUCGUCAAAUUGGCGGCCGAGACCUGGAGACUUGCCCGUGUGGAAAGAGAAUUGAUUCUGGCCACCCUCCCGGCCCCGGACGCUGAAGAAGUCUCCAACGACGGUUGGGGCGAGUACGGCACCGCCAAAGAAGGCGGAAGUAGUCCUCGGGCUGGUCCCAGUCGCCAUGUCAUCCUGCGAACGUUUCCCCAGAUCACUCGGGAGGCCGCGCACGAGGACUUCGCUGAGGAUGCAGAAAAGGCCAGCCCUUGCACAUACUCCCGAGGGAUGGUGCUGUACUCCGACUCACCGAUUGUGAUGGCACGCCUCCAAGAACUCGCUAAGAAGUCCACUGAGACACUCUCCGGCGGCGAGGAGUCGCCCCAGACUGGCUCGAGAGGUUCACUCCGUUCUCGCAAGGAUAAGUCUUCCUUUGAGGGGAAUGGAUCUCCGGACAAGGCUGUCGAUGCUGACGACUUUGUGCAUGUCUAA